AUGCAGGACGAAUCAAUCGAAACGAAUCUUCCAAGAACCAUUCCAGAAUGGAAAGCGAGAGCAAAGACGCUCAAAGUCCUGACCAAGUGUCCAAACGAUUUGAAGAUUCUCAGCUCGGGAUCGAAGGUGACCUUUAAGGAGUAUUUGACCAUGCGAAUCAUCCGACCUGAAGUGCAGGCGAUUGAAAUAUUCCCGCAUGAUUAUUCUUCGGAGGCUGAAGCCAAGAAAAUCAUCAAGGCUGAUACCACCUUCGAAAAAUGGUUCUCGAAGGUCGAGACCAAUAUCCGUCCCGACAAGGACUUGCUGGGGAUGUUUGCGCUGGUGAAAUUUGCUCAGCUACAAGUGACAAAGCACGAGUCGCUCGAGUCGCCUGAGCCGCCUUUUGAACGGGCUAAGCUACGCCCUCGGCCUUCCGUUCCGGUAGAAGGCAGCUCUGAGGAUGCCCAGCAUGAAACCAGCACUCCGGCAAGUGCAGGCACGAGGGUAACGCCAGCAGAAGACACUCCGUGGGCCAGGUUCUCCAGAACGGAUGCAGAAGAGGAGGUGAACUUUUUUCUGCUUAACCUGCUGAAUGCCUUCACGCUGAGCCUCAAUCCAGAUAUUCGCUGUGAAUGGUCUGCUCACCGUAACCCGUUCCAUGCUGUGUCCUUUGGUGAAAUUGACAUGACCACACAUGUCGAUGGCUACUUGAGGGCUAUCGGUAAGGACGAAGCCUUUGCAAUCCUAGAGGUAAAGGCGGCCGAGCGAAAUCACCGCAACGCUCCUCAGGUGAUGUGGCAGGAAGGUGCAGAGAUGGUGGCAUGGAUCUUGUGUGAUGAAAGCAAGAACCGGGAGUAUCCUUUUUCCAAGUAUGUAAGAUGA